AUGUCGGGCUUCUCAGCUCUCUUGUUGCCUCAGCAGAAGUCCGUAUGCGACCGAUUCGGAUUCCGUCCGGCGAGGGAGUCCGAGCUCUCCGUCUUACACACUACGGAUACUAACCCGUGCUCGCGCGCUGAAACCGUGAAUAUUAUCUCGUCACGUUCUGCGUCUUCUUCAUACAGCGCUGUUUCCUCUGCCGGCAUUUACCAUUUUCCUUGUCGGGAUGACCUGGUUAAGCUUAUCGAUGCUUGCAUCUCUGAGGCUCUCGAGAAGUUGUUGCGUCCCCCUGCUCCAGAGGAUGCUGACGCCGCCCCGUAUCCAGUUGGUGCUUCCCCUCCCCCUACUGUCCCUUCUGCUCCUAGCUCUCUUUCUGCUGCCGCCUCCGGUUGCGCUACCCCUGCUGUAUGCCCUCCUCUGCCUCCUCCUUCGCUUCCCCCUGCUUUCCACGAGCCUCCUCCUGAGCCCAUGGUGAGGUCUGCUUCGCAAGACUGUCCUUCUGCCAAGAGUGUAGGUGUGCCCUCACCUCCUUCUCCUUCUCAGCACAAAAAGGCCUGCCAAGUCCCCAAGGACCUUCUGGCUCAAAUUGUCAAGUCGAGUAUUGCUUCUGAUGGUCCUCCUUAA